GCAGAUCGGCAGCUCUCGAUAUCCAUUCCUGGUGGCUGGGAAGGUCCUCUCUAGAUCGCGAUCAACCAUAUCAACAGAAAGACAAAGCAGACAGGCUUCUCUCUUUUCAGUCGCAACGCACAACAGACACAUCUUGAAUUAUCAAAAUGGCCGCCAGAGGAAUCCAGCUCGGCCUGCGGAUCUGGGAGUUCAUUUGGACUCUGCUCAUCAUGGCACUCGUCGGUAACAUGAUUGCCGAAGCAUUCGCUGGAAACCCCGCGACCGUCAACUACGCCAUGUUCGUCUCGGCAUUCUCGAUGUUCACACUCUUCUAUCUAGUCCCGUCGUCGAUCAAUAUGGACUGGGCCAUCCACCCAGUCUUCGUGAUCGUCAUCGACACGCUCAACGCGAUCUUCUUCCUCACAGCCGGUAUUGCUCUGGCCGCGAAAUUGGAAUGCCACAGCUGCAGCAACAAUGCCUACACGCUCAGCAACGAAAUCACCAAUGGAUCCAACAAUCGCCAGAAGCGCUGCCGGGAGGCUCAAGCCUCGACGGCAUUCCUCUGGUUCGCCUGGGCCGGAUAUACCGCCUCGAUGGUUCUUUCAAUCAUCUCGUCCCGCCAGACUGGUGUCAACCUCCGUGGACGCACUGGUCCUGCCCGUGGAGUCACUCGCCCCAGCAUGGCCCAGGUUUAAACAGUGUGGUCCACACUACCAAGGAUGAUACCACUUCCACCUGGACUUUGGAUAUACGACAUGAAAUCAAAUAAUGCACGGAACUGAUCUGAAUAAAACGAGUGACGAAUCUUUGUCCAGGAGUACAACCACGAACCAAUCAAUCAACGCAACAAAAACGAUAUGGAUUGCAUCGACCAAUGGUUCUG